UGGUUGGCGUGGCGCGGGACACGCCUUCCGCAGAGCGAAACAAAACUGCGCGGAGGCCGGCGCGCCCAGCCGCUGCUUCCGAGAGCGCCUCCAGCCCGCGCGCCGCCCGAGCCAGCCGCCAGAAUGCCGAACUGGGGAGGAGGCAAGAAAUGUGGAGUGUGCCAAAAAUCGGUUUACUUUGCCGAAGAGGUUCAGUGCGAAGGCAAUAGCUUCCAUAAAUCCUGCUUCCUGUGCAUGGUCUGCAGGAAGAAUCUGGAUAGCACCACUGUGGCUGUGCACUGUGAGGAGAUCUACUGCAAGUCCUGCUACGGCAAGAAAUACGGGCCAAAAGGCUAUGGCUAUGGGCAGGGUGCAGGCACAUUGAGCAUGGACAAGGGGGAGUCGCUGGGCAUCAAGCCUGAGGAGACUCCUAGCCACAGGCCCACCACCAACCCCAAUGCAUCCAAGUUUGCCCAGAAAAUUGGUGGCUCUGAGCAUUGCCCCCGGUGCAGCCAGGCCGUCUAUGCUGCUGAGAAGGUGAUUGGUGCUGGGAAGUCCUGGCAUAAGUCCUGCUUCCGAUGUGCCAAGUGUGGGAAAGGCCUUGAGUCAACCACCCUGGCAGACAAGGAUGGCGACAUUUACUGCAAAGGAUGCUAUGCUAAAAACUUCGGGCCCAAGGGCUUUGGCUUUGGACAAGGAGCCGGGGCCUUGGUCCACUCCGAGUGAUGCCACCACUGCCUGCUGUCCCCUACCCACUCAGUGCUUUGCAUUGCCAUCCCUUUCCCAGCAGCCUCGGAGACUUCUAGGAUUCUUACUCCCUUCUCAGCCCUGCCACACAUCACUAAUGACUUGAACUUGGGCCUCUGGGUCCCUUUGGUUUGGGUGUCUGCCUGAGGCCCCAGCACCAUCAAGGGGCUCCCCCUGCUGGGGAUCCAACGACAUCACCCACAGGAGACCUCAGUGUUUUGGAAUCUAGGUGGGACAGGGCCCUCUCCCCGUGCCCUGCCCCACAGACCCCUGUUCUUAGCCUUUAGGCUGAGUGCCCGUCAUCAAUCGGGCAAGACACCUGAGCCCCCAUCUUGGAGCUCAGAGGAGCAGCAGCAACAGACCAGAGGGGGAGGAAAGCAGGACCAAGUGGGGCAGGGGAAGAGCAUGGUUGAUUGAAUUCCUGAGAUUCUCCUCUGUGGGAAAGAGGGUGGGCUUCUUGGUGUCCCUCAGAACAGGUCUGGGAGCCCCAGCUUGGGGAGUCACUAGGGGGAGGGAGAGAGGGUACAUUCAGGGUCAUGGACCACAGGAGGUGCCUGCUUUUCUAGGCCCCUUGGCUUUGGGUCUGUGUGGAAUUAGUGUCACCCCCCCACCUUGGAGAUGGAGGAGACAACCUAGGUCUAAGGUCCCCAAAGUCAGGAUAUCAUCUGACUCCCCUAGGCAUCUAGUUUCCUGUUUGAAGGGCGUCCCUAAUGAAACACCUCCAACACACACUCAUCUUUACCAGUGGCCCAAACCUUAGGGUAGAUAGAUCUGACCCUAGCCCUGAGGUUGGCAGCUCCACUCUGUCCCAGCAGGCCUGCUUGACACUCAGAUGGGGAGGGCGGCAGUCACAGCCUCGUCUUCAUCUGAACACCCCUUCCCUCAGCACCCAGUCCUCAGGGCCUUCUUGCCAACCCAGGGCCUUGCCCCUUCCACUCCACCCAUCUCCAGGGAAGCUUCUCUGGCCACAUCCCCCCAAGCCUUCCAGGCCCCAGUGCAGGAGCAGCAGGAGGGGAGGGGAGGGGCUGGGCUGGCUGCUCCCAGUGACUAGAUGGACAACAGUAUGGAGCUGUUGAUCGAAAGGCUGCUGACAAGGGCUGCAUUCAAGCUGACUUCUCAUCUGGUCAAUAAAGCUGUUUAGAAAAGAA